UAUGCCUUUAAGGAAAGGUUACUUCCCCUUGGUCUCAACUGCGCUCUUGUUUGCUCUGCUUAGCAACCCCAACUAUCUGACCGCGAUCAUCGCUUAACAACGUUGCCUGAUCACCUUGUACCGUAGCCAACCGCGAUGUCAUUCAUGCGAUCCGUUCUCCGACUGUCCGCAAAGGCUCAAGCAAUGCAGCGAUGUUCUCGGUCCGUAUCAACUAGCACUCGUCAGUUUCAGCGGACUCACCAACUGCUUCGUUCAGAGCACCCAUCCACUACCUCAAGACCAAUGCAUUUAAGUCCGGCUUGCUCUCACCAACUAGCGAUCAAAAGGGAGUUCAGCACAGCCCCCGGGUCUGAUGGAUCGGCUGCGGUUUCUGGUUUUUCCUACCCCGGACCACGCAAACUCAGUGAGGUUGUCAAGAUACAGCUUUUAACAAAGCAUGGAGCUCCUCGCGUACGUGAGAUUUGGAACGAGUACCACAAAGACCACAAGUCUGCAGUUGGGGACACGCUAUCUUUUGAAGAAUAUGGAUUGCUUUUGCAAAGAACAGAACGUUGCAGACAUUUUGUGUUUCCCGUGCCAAGAGGGAAUGGUUACUUCACGCUGCUGGUGCAGUUCCAAGGAAAGCAAUGCUUUAUGACGUAUCUAGAAGAUUACAAACAGAACGCAGCGGGUGCGCAACCCUACCUCACAAUCACGAUGUUUGAUGAAAUGUUAGAGACAAAGGGCGUAGCGCUACUGCGUGGAGAAGUCACGAACCAGCUAACGGUACAGGAGGCAAAAGUUUUGAUGGAGCUCCUGAAGCACUUUUACUUAGGGCCUCGGCGCAAUUUUGAUGCUGUUGUCGCAUUCAAUGAGGACGGUGACAAGUUUGACUUCAAGACUGUUCUACGAGCGGCUGGCGUUUCUUCGUAGCGUAAACGUUGUUGCUCAUGAGUCGAGCUCGCCAGAUGGCCACAUCGCAUCUUCUUUGUUCCGCCGAGGGAGACAUUGCACUGUUUUUCCGAACAUAUGCGAUUGACUCAGCUGACCACGACCUCACAGAAUGUGCCUAUGUAGCUAUUUUAUAUGCAAUUUAUUCAGACCUGUCCUACUCCCGUCCUCUAUGUUCUAUUUCACGGACAUCCUUGCUGGUCUACGCUAGUCGACGUGGUCGACGUGGUGAGGCAGUGCUACUCUCCGCUAGUACAGCGCACCACGGACGCAGUUCACGCCACUGCAGAUGCGAG